AUGUACCUCCAGCUCAACCCUGACCCCCUCCCGACCCCCCCACUGUCCCCCCCCGCCGAGCGGGAGCAGGGCCCGGCCCGGCCGGGCCGCAGCAGGUCACCAGCAAAAAGAAAGAACAAGUCCUCUGCUAAAAGAAGCAAGUCUCCUCGAAGUAAAAGAAGUAGAAGCCCUCAUCAUAUUGUAGUCAAAGUAAAGCAGGAGCGAGAUGACCAUUUCCGGAGAGGACAUGAGGAACGACAGCACAGAGAUCAAUCACAGCAAGAACACAGACGAGAUAGAAGUGGUGACAGAGACAGACACAGAGAUCAUUCAAAGAGAAGGAAAAAUCCCAAUGCAAGGCCAGGAGGUCGAGGGUAUGAAAGAGAGAGGGAUGUCCAAAAUCUCCGUGAGCAGCAAGUGGAGAGGGAAUUUUAUAAUGAGAGAAGACGUGAGCAUCGCCAGAAGAAUGAAGCAAGCAGUGGCGAUGAGACUCUGGACCUUGGUAAACCUGAUGGUGAAAAUAAAGACAAAGAUCCAUCAAAUAAGGAGAAACCAAGUUUUGAACUGUCUGGUGCACUCCUAGAGGAUUCAAACACAUUCCGAGGUGUUGUGAUUAAAUAUAGCGAGCCCCCGGAAGCUCGGAUUCCAAAGAAACGAUGGCGUCUCUACCCUUUUAAGAAUGAUGAGGUUCUCCCAGUCAUGUACAUUCACAGACAGAGUGCUUACCUGCUGGGCAGGCACCGAAGAAUCGCAGAUAUUCCUAUUGACCACCCCUCUUGCUCCAAACAGCAUGCUGUGUUUCAGUAUCGGCUUGUGGAGUACACCCGUACCGAUGGUACAGUUGGCCGCAGAGUCAAGCCUUACAUCAUUGACCUUGGCUCUGGCAAUGGUACUUUCCUAAAUAACCAACGGAUUGAACCUCAACGUUACUACGAAUUGAAAGAAAAAGAUGUGCUGAAGUUUGGAUUUAGCAGCAGGGAGUAUGUCCUUCUCCAUGAAUCUUCAGAUACAUCUGAGGUGGACAGGAAACCAGAUGAGGAGGAGGAAGAGGAGGAGGAAGAGUCAGACAGUUAACAGAUCAGAAAGAGACUUCAAAGAUCUUCUUUCAAUAGAACUUGAAUCUGGAUAUGAACGUUGGAGCAUCACAGCACUGAUGCCUCUUAUUGCCUUAAAGUCUUUCCUCUGUUGCUGAUCAGCUCUUGCUGUAGUUUAUUUUGGGAAACUCCUGACUUACUCAUCUCCUUUUUAGUUUUGAAACUCAUCGGGAAAUACAGCCUUUGCUUUAAGAGGAUUCUCCCUAAUAAAAAGAAGAAAAAAAAUAGAAGGCACCUGAAAGUGAGAGUUCCAGUAAUGGAGCUCUUCAUAAGACGUAAAAAUAAAUAUGUAAGGUUGUACUUAAUGGAUAUGGAACAAAAUAGGCAUUUUUAAAAAGAACAUGGUUUUGCAAACUGUUUUGUUUACAAUCCUUUGAAAUUGCUCCUUUAUUCUUAACUAGAAUCUUAGUUACAGUGAACAUGAUCUGAUGUUUUGUAGUGUCCAAUUAUUUGAUGUGAUUUGCUGAACUGUACACCCAAAGCAAACCACUCACUAAGUGGAGGAAUUCACUAGGUUUGUUACAUUGAAAAGGAAGAUAUGCUGCAAAUCUUCUCUUUAUAUUCAUAUGAUUUGGGUAGCCAGUUUGCAUUGAAAUGAUUUUUCAGGGAAGGACAUUUCACCGGAGUACCUUGUAAUUUAUAGGCAGUGUAGCUUGAAAUAAAAGAGAAUGCUUCAUGGGACAUAUUAAGUUAUGAUAGUGUGGCUUGCUGUCAAAGGCUGUGUGCACUCAGUAUGUUGUAAAUGUUUGCAGACAUUGCCUCUGGAUACUGAUUUUUGUCCAAAUUUGAAGCUAGUUUUUUUUGUUGUUUUGACACCACUCUGCCCCAUGAAUCAUUUCACAUAAUUUCUGCAUUUAAUUAUGUUACCAUCAAAAAGAAAAAUAUCCAGGGUUUUAACCAUAAUUUGCACUAUUAUAAUUUAAGUUUAGCUUAUGGAAAAUAUAUUGUCAUGUCUGAAAUACUUUUUCACCUGCAUGUAACAGAAAACGUCAAUACUUUAUAAUUGUGAAAAGUUUGUUUCAGAGAAACAUUUUCAAAACAUGGAACUAUUUAGAUUUGCAUAUAUUCAGACAUCUUCCUCCUGAGUUUUACCUUGACACAAGAAAUGUAACUUAUUUCACUUUGAUUACUAAUUUUCCCUUGCAUUUGUGAUUUAUGGGCACAUUCUGUCUUCUUGUGUGUAUAUACAUAAGUUGUAUAUUAUAUACACACACACACAACUAAAGUUUAUUGUGUAAAUAAUGAGUGCAAAAGCGGGUUUUCAAACAGCAGGCAUAAGAAGAAUGUGCUUUGGAUAGCAGACUAUCCUUUAUAUGUACUCUGGGGUUUUUAAAUAAAGAAUUUAUAAAUUUAGCCCUAGCUGCCUUUAGUUGUAACAUUUUUCUAGUGUCCAACUUGGUUUUGCUUUAUAUUCUCUGAAAUAGAUACUAUAUAUAUUUUUAAUAAAACCCCACAAAUACAAAAAGAUAGGGCGGGGAAGAUUCUAAUAUUGAGAGUAUAAAUUGUUUCGAAUGCUGUAAUACAUUCAGCAAGGAAAGGCUAGAUAGGUGAAACAUAGGUAAUUCUAGAACUGUAUAACAGUUGGUAAUUCAUUACUUUUUAUUUUUUGUUAAUACUAUAGUACUACUUUAUUUCAUCACAAAAAGCAGGAGUACCAGUCAUAGGAUGAAAUCUCUCACCUUUACAAAUGACAUUAAUGUGGUUUCAUGGCUCAGUGGCAGAUCUGCAUGUGUACACUUGAAGAUUAUGUUGUGUGUUUGCUUUAAAAUGAGAUGUAAUUCAAACCAGCGCUGAGUAUACUUCUCACAGAGCUGAGCAGUCUCUCACUUCUACCAGCAGCACCCCAGCCAUCCUAGUUUUUGGUGUCUGUGUGCCACCUGUGCUGUUGCAUGUUUAUUUUGUAAUCUGCAUGUACACCCAUCAGGAACUGAGGUCACCAAAGACUCCAGCUAGGUGAUUUUAUGUUCUUCUCUGGCAGAUCCUAUCUGUACACUCUUAAAAAUGCAGUGAGUUUGUUUUGAAAGUGAGAGUGGGGUGCAUAUGGCUCAAACCAGAGCUGUGUGCACAUCUGCUAUUGCUGGGCAAUGCCUGAAACCCUUGCGUGGCUGCAUGAUAUCUAACCAAGUUUAGUGUGUGUGAUUUCCACUUGUUAUGUUGUGUUGUAUCUUCUGGAAUGUGGACAUAUUUCCAUUAAGGAGAGAUCACCAAACGUAUUAGAUAUAUGACCUGACAGGUUUGACCAAUACUAUGAAAGAUGGGCUAGUUUGCCCUAAAUCUUUACUUUUUUCAGAAAAUGUCACCAGCACAUUUGGAUUAUUUUUAAAAUUAAAAUGUUGGCUGAAACUAGCUCAACAAGUUUAACCUAGUUAGACAAAACAGAAUAUAUAAAGCCUAAUAAAGUGCAGUACUUAUUUCUUUUUAAUAAAUGCAACACUGGCCCAUUAGAACGGAUCUUCCUUCCACAAAGAGAAGAGACAGAGCUCAGAUACUCAUAGCUGUGAUGUAAAGGUGAGAUGAAAAAAAAAAUGAGAUCCCUUUUUUCAGAUUUGUUCACUAUUUAUACACUUCCUGAACGUUGCUGAUUUGUGACCCUAUCAGCUCCAUCUAAGGAGUGGCAUCGAUUUGCUUCAGGCUGAAGUCAUGUCCAGUCAUGGGUCUGGAAGUAUGAUGAAAUGUCUAAUGACAUUCCUCAAUACUGUACGAUGUGAUAAUUUGUGAGUUAUCCUUUUCAGACUUGAUUACACUGUAUACAAUAGCACAAAACUAUUACUUUGAUUUUGCUGUACUGCAUCAGUUGGGGUGUUUUUUAAUGCUAGACCAAACAGGUUUCUUGUGGUGGAAUCCAACAACUGUAGUACAUCAACACUGAGUGGUGGUGUGAAAACCAACCCUCUUUCUAAAUGCAACAUCCAAAUUUACCUGCAAGUGAUUUCUUGCCUUUUUUUAGUGUAAAAUCUGAUGACUCCUUGUAUCAGGCCAUGAAAACACUUAGGAUGCCUACAGAUAUGCAUGUAUGUAUAGUUAGGACUAUUAAUAUGCAACUGAUAUGCUUAAGUGUUUGCAGGAUUGGGCCCAUAAAUUGACCUGCUUGGACAAUAUUAGAAUUUUACUCAGUAUUUCUUUCCAUCACUCUGUCCUGCUUUUCCUGGGAACUAGCUUGCCCCAAUGUGGGCAUAUGCCAGCCCAGUGACUACCAAUGCAAUGUAAUGUUUACUGUUGGUGAUUGAAGUAUUGGUUCCAAUCUGUUUUUAAUUUUCCUUAAAUGAUUUAAAAGCCUGCAUCUUUUAAAAAUACCUUCAGGCAGUUCAAGCUAGCUGCCAUUUGCUAAGCAUCACAGAGGUUUACAUUUUGUGACAUCUUUCCAUUUGGAACUGGGUUUUACCUUUUGGGAAACCUUUGUUUUACUACAGUAUGUGGAAAUAUACCAGUUGUAUCUUUCUUGAAUAGUUGUGUCUACACUUUGUUAUAAAUGGCACAGUAUUUAGCAUACAGUAUGUUUAAAAGUAUUUUAAGUUUGUAUCAAGUCAAAUGUAUAAAAUCCAUUUUAAAUUAAAAUUCUAGAAUUUCAUCAGA